AGGGCAGCGAGUGCCCAGGCGCAGUGUCCGUCGCGCCUCGCUGGGGCUUUGCACGCCUGAGCUGCGGCUCCCGGGUGCUGGCGCCUCGCAGCGCCAUACAGCGGGUCGCCACCUCCCGACAGUCUGGGACACUCCGGCUGUACCCAGCAGGGGCAGGGAGAAAGAAGCAGAGGGAGUGUCGCUGACCCCUGGGCUUUUCCUCAGCUGAUGUUCGUUUCCGGCUUCGGGCAGUCUGUGCGCCUGCUGCGCUCCAGGCAGUUUGCGCACCUUCUUAAGUCUGCGAGUGAUUCCCUUCCUCUUCCGCCGGUUCGAAGUCUCUGAGGCUCUAGGGCUUUGCGGUGGGAGAGAGGAAAGGCCAGCGUGGCACUCUGGGGAGUUUAGAGCUGUUUCUUCUGAAGUCCCAGGCUCCGCUGUGACUGCACUCGGAAACUUUGAGCUGUUUCGUGUCUUUGUCUUCUUUGGGGAAACUGGACGGCAGUUCGGUAGGCCCUGUCCCUGGCCAGGACCGCGCGCCGGGGACCAUGGAGUUCACGGCGUCGCCCAAGCCCCAGCUGUCCUCCCGGGCCAACGCUUUCUCUAUCGCCGCGCUCAUGUCGAGUGGUGGCUCCAAGGAGAAGGAGGCUGCAGAGAACACCAUCAAACCCCUGGAGCAAUUCGUAGAGAAGUCAUCCUGCUCCCAGCCGCUGGGAGAGCUGACCAGCCUGGAUGCUCACGGGGAGUUCAGUGGAGGCAGUAGCAGCCCAUCCUCCUCCUCUCUGUGCACUGAGCCGCUAAUCCCCACCACCCCCAUCAUCCCCAGCGAGGAAAUGGCCAAAAUUGCCUGCAGCCUGGAAACCAAGGAGCUCUGGGACAAAUUCCACGAACUGGGCACUGAAAUGAUUAUCACCAAGUCGGGCAGGAGGAUGUUUCCAACCAUCCGGGUGUCCUUUUCGGGCGUGGAUCCUGAGGCCAAGUACAUAGUCUUGAUGGACAUCGUCCCUGUGGACAACAAGAGGUAUCGCUAUGCCUACCACCGGUCCUCUUGGCUGGUGGCCGGCAAGGCCGACCCGCCGCUGCCAGCCAGGCUCUAUGUGCACCCAGACUCUCCCUUUACUGGCGAGCAGCUACUCAAACAGAUGGUGUCUUUUGAAAAGGUGAAACUUACCAACAAUGAGCUGGAUCAACAUGGACACAUAAUUUUGAAUUCAAUGCAUAAGUACCAGCCACGGGUACACAUCAUUAAGAAGAAAGACCACACGGCCUCCUUGCUCAACUUGAAGUCUGAAGAAUUCAGAACGUUCAUCUUUCCUGAGACAGUUUUUACAGCAGUCACAGCCUACCAGAAUCAGCUGAUAACCAAGCUGAAAAUAGAUAGCAAUCCCUUUGCCAAAGGUUUCCGGGACUCCUCCAGGCUCACUGACAUUGAGAGGGAAAGUGUGGAGAGCCUGAUCCAGAAGCAUUCCUAUGCCCGCUCACCCAUCCGUACCUAUGGAGGAGAAGAGGAUGUCCUGGGGGAUGAGACUCAGACAACCCAAAAUCGAGGGUCAGCCUUUACAACAUCUGACAAUUUAUCUCUCAGCUCCUGGGUAUCAUCAUCUUCCAGUUUUCCUGGAUUUCAGCACCCACAGUCUCUGACUGCUCUUGGCACCAGCACAGCAUCCAUAGCAACACCCAUUCCUCACCCCAUACAGGGUUCUCUGCCACCAUAUAGUCGGCUGGGGAUGCCUCUGACCCCAUCAGCCAUUGCGAGCUCCAUGCAAGGGAGUGGUCCAACGUUCCCUUCAUUCCACAUGCCACGGUACCAUCACUACUUUCAGCAGGGGCCCUAUGCUGCCAUCCAGGGACUACGCCACUCCUCUGCUGUGAUGACACCAUUUGUAUGACUCUUCUAAAAAGGGGAGAAUUUAGAUCCAGAAUGUGCAAAUGGGUAUGGAAAUAUAGGCAGGGUUGGGUGGGCGGGAUAGCGGGUAUUGGAGCAGGGGCUCUCCAGGAUACAUGGGACCUAUUAAAGAGGAGAGCUGGACUCACAAUAAAAUCUAAUGCUAAGGGAAUGCACCACGGACCAGGAUUCAUCUGUAGUUGGGAGAACAUCUCUUAGAGAACUUAAGUUGGGAACCUGUCUUAGGUUCAGGGGAGAAUCAACAUAAAGUUCUUAGCCAGCCUAAAUCUUGCAACUAAUAGGAUAUUAAUUUACCCAGAAAGCUUAAUAAUAUAAGGCAGAUGAAUGUUAAGGUGCUUUACUCCUUAGUUAAAAAUGCUGUGUCAAUGCAGUACUGUAUAAAAUCAGUGUGUAUAGGUUUUCUUUCUGCUUUCCACAGUUAAAAGAAUCUUCAAAGAGGCAAUACUAUAUAGCAUACUGACCAUAUGACUAACUUAAGUCAGUUUCUCCCUGUAGAAAGUGGGAGCCAAUAGAGAAAUAUCUGUAGUGCUAUAGCUUAAGCAUGUUUAGUUUUUUGUAUUUAGUUUGCUGGGGAAGGAGAUGAGAUAAUGCUAAUGCAUCCUGUUGUGUGGAUGAAUAUGUGUAGUAAGCCUUCACAAAGCUCUUUUUGCAAUAUUGAAGGGCCAGUACUUGACAAGCUCAGUCUUUAGUCUUCUUUCUUUCUAAUUCUCUUUCUUACAACAACUUGUUGGUUUUGAAGCAAGGGCCUCUCUAGAUUAAGGACUGAUUUUUUUUCUGGGCUGCAUUCUAAAUACACUACUGACUUACCACUGAGGAACCCUCCAAAGCCUAUGCAAGAUGAUAUGUGAGGCUUUAUUUCACUUACAGCUUAAAUAAAAAGAUGGUUGUUCUGUUCUGAAACGAAUUUUUCUACCAAGUGAGCCAAAGGCCCCUUCAUUUUCACUUCAGCUUUUGGGAGACUUUAUGGAUGUUAAAAUGCAUUGGGCCCAUAUUCUUAUUUUUGAUAAAUCUGCUUUGUUGCUGCUGCCACUGAUUGACAGGGUUUAAGAAUGACCAUUCUAAAUGCUUGGGUAGCCAUGAUUUAGUGUGCUCAUGUGUAGUAAUGUGCCCAUGUAUCUGACUUAUCUUUUUUCCUUACUGUGUUACAUUUGGAGACUCUUACCAUUUUCUCACUCCCUAAUAUGAAAUUGCAUAUUAACUUGCUGACUGAAACAUUGGCAGUUCUUAUAAAUCCAUUAGAGCCUCAUCCAUUUUAUUUUCAACUUUCGCUAUCUUCUUAAGCCUUUCUUUAAUGUGUAUAAUAGUAAUUAGUUAUAUUUUAAUUCUAUAUAAUCCAUAUUAUUUUUGAGCAUCAUAUAUCUUAGCAUUUACAGUCUGGGUAACCACAUUUGGUAUUUAGCAACAGUUCAUUUUCCUAAUAAUAAAGAUUUAAUGAAGUUAAUAGUCUUUCAACUCAAGGUAUAAUGCAUUCCAGCUACAGGAUGUAAACUGUCUUCUUAGCCAAUUUCCCCAAAACUCUAAUUUAAUAUCUAUAUGUAAUUUUCAUUCUAUUCUGUUCUUACUGCAAAAGUAUUGAAUCUGUUAUGAGAGAUGGGAAAUAUUGUUACUGACAGUAGAAGUGUAUUUGGGGGGGUAAAUGCAAUAUACUUAUCACAUCAGACUUCCGUAGAUUUUAUUUGGUUGUUUAACGUUAGACUUCUACACAUCAAAUGCCUUUCUUGGACAUGUUCAGCCCAUGAAACAAGGCAUCUUGACUCAGUCUGACCAUGAGAUGCCAAUUUUGGAUUUUACACUUGCCAUUUUUCACUGAAUCCUAAAGACUACUUACAAAGGAGCACGGACUUUGUUAACAAAGCAUUUCAAAGCCCUAUGGCAUAUCCUGUAGGUUAAUUUCUAACUUCUUGCAUGUUAUGCUGUAGCAUCCUUAGGUAGUUUACUUUCAGAGUACAGAUGUGUACUUCUUUAAACAGAGCAGUUAUGACUAAUGUUUAGAUAGGGGCUUAAUAUUUAAUAGUUGGCCUAUUGCCAGUAUUCCUUUGAAUACAGAGUGCUAUUGCCUAAAGCAGGAAUAACAAAAGAUGCUAUUUUACACAAUGAUGCCACUCAAUUACUGGUCUGCUUAAGUGAAUCUGUGUCUAAAUUUCCUUUUCAAAGAGAAUUAGAGGAUUAUUUACUAUUUGAAAAUUCUCCCAAUACCAAGUAGGCUUAUGUGUUUUUUUGUGAAAUGUAGUUGUAUACCAUUAUUUCCUAACUCAUAACUUUGUUUUGUAAUUAAGCAAUAUGAGGUUAAAACUAGGGUAGAGUGCUUAAAGAAAAGCAAAGCAUGCUCUGGAAAAAUGAUCCCUGAAAUUCUACAUGGGAUAUAUUUUUAACAGUGGUAUUACCUGAACUAGAGAGAAAAAGCACAAGAGAAAGAGAGUGCAAGCAAAUCAGUCACUCUAGUCAUGGGAACCAAGAGGUAGACAUUAACCCCACCUGUGUCAUUCCAAAUUAUUCUGGUUGUCAAUUCUUAUUGACCCUGGGGAGCUUAGUAUUUAAAAUUCCAAAUCUAUUCUACCUAAGGUGAUUGCAAGAACUAUAUAUUUAAUGGGAAAGCCAACCAAAUGAUAACAACCAGGAGUUACAUUUGUAAUAAAUUCUUGUUUUUCCCUCUAAGUAUAUUAUAGUAUUAAAAAGCACAGCUAAUGUGCAGUGCUGCUAAAAAGAGUUCCUGCCUGUCAGACCAGAUUGGUGGAACUGUAAGGAAUCAAAUCCGUUUAUAACUUAGUAGGCUCUGCAUUUGAGAUUUAUUUUUAAAACAAUUGUCAAUAAUUUUAAGUUCAGUUAUUCUUUCUACUUAUUUAGUAAAUCUCUUCCCUCCUCUGCCUACCUUUAGCAGUACAAGCAAUAAAUAUAUCCAUCCUGUGUCUAACAUAUCACAAAUUUUUAGGUAACAGGUCUCGAUUAACAAUUUUGUAUUGCAUUGCUGGUCACUUUGAGUUUAUACCAAUGGUAUCUUUCCAGGAGGACCUAUCACCAUUUCUGAUAGUUGGGCACUGAGUGGAUGAUAUUAUGAAGCUUCCUGAUAAUGCCUUAUUAUCUAGCAAGCACCCUUGUGUAGGGCUAAGCUGCAGGAGAUACAGUGACUUCUGGGGCAUUCCAAGAUCUCUCCUCUUCCACCUUUAUCCACACUUCUGUCAUUUUGUUUCUUUAGCCACAACCAUCUCCUAAACAAAAAGGAAAAGGAAACCCUCUAAAAGCCCAGUAAAUAAAUGUGAAGUAUCUUCAUCUCAUACUGCUUAUGAAUUUUUCAGAAAGAUGUCAGGAUAUUUAUCCCAUUUCUAUGUUUCACAUUAGCUUUUCACACCAUCUUGUUUAUAUAAAGCCCGAUUGUACUGAGAAUGAGCACCUUCAAAUUAAGUGGAUGGAAUGACUUUAUACCCCAUUAAAUAUACAGACAAGUUAAUCAUGACUUAGUAACUAAAGCUCCAGAAAUUCAGUUAUGCAAUAUACAGGGAAACAUCACAAGAAAACGAACACUUUAUUCUAUCUUCCACUGACUUAAGUGAGUAAAAUUGUUUUCAUUAUGAAAUGGAUAGAGAAUUGAUAAUUAUUAAGACAAGAAGAUGCUCUAGCCUAAAUCUAGACAGAAUAUUUUCAACUUUCUCCUCUAGCUAGUGGUGCCUGAGAGGAGUUUUGUAUAAAUUUUUAUAUUAUGUUAUAAUUAAAGUAUUCUUUUUUUUUCUGUAAACAAGCAAAUGUUACAGACUCUUUAAACUUUAGAAAAUCAUAAAACUCUUCCUUCAUUACUUUCUCAUCCAUUCCAUUUAUAAAAUAUCCUAGUUCUUAUUUUUCUUCAGCAUGCUUAAAUAUAGAAAAGUUCAUUUAUAAAUAUUUGAUGGGCAAGUAAUCCAAAAAUAUUUUCCAGCCUUCUUUCUGUUUCUCUCUCAAAUAAUUUCAAUCCCCUCUCCCCUCUAAACAAAGUAGAAGGUAAUAACUUUUCAUUGUUUCAAGUAAUAAGUAAAUAACAUUUUUGUGAAAUAGUAUAUCUGGACAAAAAAUACAAUUUGUUGUAUUUUACUUCUGGUACAUUAACAUACUGUAUUUAGUUUUUGUUUUUUUUUUUUAAUUUCCAAAACCUAAAAGAAGUUCUUUUAUUUCCUAAAGGGUGAAAUUAGAUAUGCCUCUUUAAACUAUCACAGUUUCAUGGUUUGCUGUGUCUUCGUUUGCUUACUGAACUGUGUGAGAACCAUCACUGUAAUGAAGUGUGUGUGUUCAGGGUGGGAGGGAAGGGCUUGGGAAAUGUUCUAUGGAAAAAAGGAAAUUAUACGCAUAAUACUAUGAAGUAACAUCUAAUGAAGUUCUUUUUAAGUGCAAUAUAUUUAUUUCUGCUAGAAAUGUAUUAUCAACCUUAUGUAAUAUUUGAAGCAGUACAUGUUAUUUGUAAACAGCUUAAAAUUAUAUAUUACCCCAAAUUGUACAGAAGUACAAAUGUGUGGAUAUCAGUUUCUUUCAUUAAAAGUGGUGUGGUUUUGAUAUAUAUGCA